AUAAUUAUAAUUUCAAUUAUAUUACAUUAGAAGAUACAUUAGCAGCGGCUAUGGUCACUAGUUUAACAUGGUGUGGAAAAGAUAAUGAUGCUGAAUGGUUUCAUUAUGUCAGUUGUCCAAAUGAUUGUAAAGAUAAUAUUGGGGCUGAUGAUCCUUUUUGGGGAAUAGCAUCAAAAACGUUUGCCCAAAAAUUUGUUGGUGAAAUUUAUCUUGUAUUAAAUGGAAGUCAAAGUAAUGAUCGACCAUCAUUUCGUAACAAUUCCUUUUUUGCAAGAUAUGAAUUACCAAAUCUUCAACGAAAAGGUCCAUAUCGAGUGACAAAACUAAAUGUUUUACGUUUACAUUCACCUGAUCAAAAAGUUGUUGAAAAAUGUGGUGAAAAUAGUUUAAUUACUUUACAUACUAUUGUUCGAAGUUAUCAAAUUGAAUAUCUAUGUAAAGAUGAUCCAGAAGAAUUAAUUUUAAUCAUGUGUAGUUAUGAAUGGGAAGCACGUGAAUGUCAAUUAGAACGACAAGUUUUAAGAAAAGAAUGGAAUCAAAAACUUCUUAGAAAAUCAAAUAGUAGUUAUCAUUCCGUUUCAUUUUUAUUUUUAAUUUUUCUUUUACUUAUUUUACCUAAAAAAUAA